AACGGCUUUAAAUUUUUUAAUGUCGAAUUACGAAAAGUUAGUUUUAAUUAAGAAUAAAGGCCAGACCGCAAAAGUGAGAGUGAAAUUCUUUUUUUCCUAAAAAAUGGCAGACAAAAUCCAAGUGGCCGUUCGAGUUCGGCCAGUAUUAUUUCAAAAGAAAGAUGUCGAAAUUCAUUGGUCUUGGUCAGAAGGUGUGGUAUUUCAGUGUGAACCUGGUACCCCAAAGAGAAUUGGAAACCCCUACUUAUUUGACCAAGUUUUUGGAACAGAAACUCAAAAUUAUCAAAUUUUUACUAAAUUGGUUCAGCCCCUUAUUGAUUCUGCUAUGAAUGGGUUUAAUGUAACAGUUUUGGCAUAUGGGCAAACAGCAUCUGGUAAAACAUAUACUAUGAUGGGCAGCCAAAAAGAGCUUGGUAUUGUUCAAUUGGCUGUUAAUAGAAUCUUUACUCUCAUCGAGCAGUAUCCUGAACGAGCCUUCUUACUUAGAUGCUCUUACAUUGAAAUCUACAACGAAACCAUUUCUGAUCUCCUCUCUUCAAACCCACAAAAGCUAAAAGUACAAGAACUGGCAGAAGGUCAUGUGGUGGUCCACAAUUUGAUUGAGACUAAUGUGAACACCCCUGAUGCUGUUCUCAAGCUAAUGCAACAGGGUAACAAACAGCGAAAAGUAGGAGGAACAAGUGUGAAUGAAAGAAGCUCUAGAUCUCAUACUAUCUUCAGAAUAAUUGUGGAAAGUUUACCUCGUGAUGAAGCUGAUCGCUCUGAUGCUGCUGUCAUAGUAUCACAUAUCAACUUGGUUGAUCUUGCUGGUUCUGAAAAAGCUUCCCAGACCAACGCCACUGGCGAUCGCUUUCGAGAAGGCUGUGCUAUUAAUACAAGUCUAUCUGCCUUGAGUUUGGUAAUCAAGCAGCUAAGUGAAGGCGAAGGGUUUGUUAACUUUCGUGAUAGCAAGCUAACCCAUAUUUUACGUGCAUCACUGGGUGGGAAUGCUCGUACUGCCAUCAUUUGUAAUGUUACUCCCACAGUCCUGGAAGAGACAUCCUCAACUCUAAAGUUUGCUUGUAGUGCAAAAGCUGUACAGAACCAGCCUCAAGUAAACGAAGUUCUCUCCGAUCAGGCCCUAUUACGCAAGUACAACAACUACAUCAAAGAUUUAGAGAAGAAACUGAAGGAGAAGGAACUGGAAAAGAAGCCUGAAGCAAUAGAAGAAAUGCGACGACUUCUUCAGGAGAAAGAUAUGAAAAUCAAUGAGCUGAAAGAACAGCUUGUCGUUUCGAGUGACGUAGUAUCCGGACGAGCAGAAAGUAGUCUUACGAGUGCCCAGCGAAGUUUGCGGCGAAUGACAUGGGGAGGUAAUCGUUUGAAGCAAGAAUUAAAUUUGCUCGGUCCAGCAGUUUUUGAAGUGAACACACCCCCGGUUCCAUGUUCGGAAAAAGUUUCACGAACAGUUGCACAAGUAUUUGCAAGUCGCCAGCGCACCAGCAACACCAGACGCUCUGAAACGCUUGAUGAGGUAGCCCUAGAACUCGAGGACCUUGACUCGGAGAUAUUUUUGCCAGCUGAAAUGGUCUUCAGUAAAGACUACAAUCCUAUUGCUAAAGUAGACGUAGCAACAAUGACAGAUGUCAGAGAAUCGCCUUUCAAACAGCCUGCCGUGCCUUCUACCCCUGUUCCAGUUUUGCGUGAGCAAUUACAGCGAAUGCGCAUGUCGUUAUUUAAUAAGGAACAAGAAAGUGAAACUCUGAGAGAAGAAUUAGAAGACUUGAAGAAUUUUACACGAUUAGAGCAGGAUAUUGGCGUUCAUGCACUAGCUACAGCUAAAAGCGUUGAUUCCCCGGAAUCGGCCGAUAAGUUACAUCGAGCUCUGCAGACGGCGAAUGACAUGGAAGUGUUGUACUUGGAUACACACCGUAAGCUAAGCGAACUCAAAACGGAAUUUCAAACCAAAGAAGCCGAACACGAAAGUGAAAUCCACGCGAUGCAAUCUGACCAUAAACUGCAAAUCGAAACCAAGCUCACCGAAAAGAAGCGUCUCGCCAAAGAACUGGCUGAUCUCAAGGAUAAAUUCGAGCGAUUAGAAAAAGAUCAUUCCGAAUCAGAUACUCAUCUUCUAGUAAUUAGUGAACGACAUGCUAAGCGAGAAGCUGAUCUUCGCGAGACUCUUCAAGAAGCGUGGGGACAGUUGGAGCUUCUUGGUCAAGAUCCAAACGCAAUUAAAGAAAACUAUAAUUCCAAGCAGAAGCUAACGCAAGUGGAGCAAGAACUUCUCGAAAUGCAAAAGUUCAAUAGUGAUGCUCAAUCUCGAAUUGCUUCGCUUACGGAAGAGUUGCGACAAUUUAAAGAAUCUGCUGUGCCAGUACCGCAAGCCUCAGUUAAAGGCGACGAUGACAGGCAUAAUAGUUCUCUGAUCGGAAUGUGCAUGGCAGAUGAAUUGCGCGAUGUUUUUAUGAACCAAGACUGUUCUUUCGCUCCUCGCUCUAUCAACCGAACCCGCAAACGUCCUAGUUCAAUUUUGUCUGUUGCGCUGGCAAAGAUGGAUCAGUCAGUAUGCAUGUUGGACUCUACCGAACACGAAAUGGAACCCAGCAAAAAGACCCGACUAUCGAUACAGUCAGACGUGUCUGAAGAAUUGGAUAUAUCAGAAGUCAAGGAGAUUCGCGAAUAUCUCGUUGAAUUACAGUCUGUGCUGGUACGUUACGAAGAAGAUUACGAAAUUCUCAGUCAAGAAAAAGAACAACUGAACAGCCAACUUCUCAACGCCCAAACCGAAAUAGAAAGCCUUCGUGAAGAGAAAAACAAAGUCGAGCAAGUAGGGAGACUUCAAGAUGAAGAAAACUUUGCUAAAAAAUCAGACACUUCAGAAGAAAUGUUGGAUUCCAGUUGCUUCGUUGGCGAACCGUCGAUUUCAACUUCCGUAAUCGAUAUGGAACAGUCGUGCGAGUCAGACGAUCAGUUCCUUAGUUUACGGGAUCAGUUUACAGACACGCGUGGAUCGUCCAUUUCCACCGAAAUUUCAGAAGCUGCAGCACAAAGAAAAGAAAAAGUAGAACAUUCCAACAAAAUCAAGCAGUUAGAAGAAGAAUUGGUCCAACUGACUGCGAGACUUGAACUACUUCAACAAGAUGUCGAAGAAAAGACUUCUGCGAUAGAAGAGAAACAACGUUCCAUUGAAGCUGCCCAAUCGACUAUAGAGGUUCUGGAGCAACGAGACGGAGAACGGCAGAAUUUACUAUCAAUUCUCGACAAAUUGAAUGAAAAAAUGCGUUUAUUAAGUGAGGAUUCUACUUUGGUGACCAAAGAGUUAGAAACAGCCCGCCAAACUCUUGAAGAAAUCCGUGCUGAAGCUCGUGCAUUAUUCGUCGCAAAGGAACUCUUGGAAUCUCGACUUGAAAAAGCAAACGAAGAGCUCGAAGCCGCCCGUACUGGAUUCGAUUCAGUGGAUCGAGUAGCUCCUCCAAGCCAGGUGGAUCAAGAAGCUAAUGUGAGGUAUGAAAAAACUCUUGAGGAUCUCAACCUUGCUCACGAUCGCGUCAAAGCACUGGAAUCUGAGUUAGAACUCAAGACAACUGAACUCAACGCCGCUCUAAACGCUAUCCAGCAAGCUCGCUCGAAAGAAGAUGAACUGGAAGAGAGUUACGUGGAAAAAAAUCAACUUGAAGAGCUUGUUGAAAAAUUAACUAGUCAACUCGACGGUCUGCAAGAUGAUUUAGAUUUGAAAAUUCAAGAACUCAAUGAAGUCCAAGGAGCUAAACAAGAGGUUCUUCUCCGAAAUGAAGUGUUGGACGCAGAUGUUGAACAAAAGAAGCUUGAGAUCAAUCAAGCACAAGCAGAAUUGGUCGAGGUGCGCUUGAAACUUGAGGCUACUGGUGCUGAACUUGAAAGAGCCAAGCAGGAUCUCCUAGAAAGCUGUGCAAGAACUGAAGAACUCGUUCGUAUGAACGAACAGUUAGAAAGGGAGAAGAAAGACGCUGUUGCCUCGAAGGAGACGAUUGAAGAGGAGCUUCGAAUCAACGCUGAUGCAGCCUUGGAGAAAGCUCGACUAUCAAUGGAUGCAGUACACCGUAAUGAUUCUGAAGUGCAUGCACUACAGGAUUCACUGGACAAAACUCGAGCUCAAGCUCAACACCUCCAGUCGUCUAAUGAAGAACUUUUGAGUGAAUUGAAUCUGGCCAAGACAAAAAUUGACGAUCUUUACAACGAUUUACAGUCAGCGAAUGCUGCUCUUUCUGCUCUCAACGAAGAAGCUGCUUCAAGAAAUCAAGAUUAUUCAGCUGAAUUGGACAGGAAGACGCAAGCUAUCCAACAAUUGGAAGUCACUCUUAAAGAAACUAACCUUCAAUUAACUGAGCUCCAGUCUAUACAAGAAGUCGUUCAAACUGAACUCAAUGAAUCGAAAAGACGAAUUCUUGACCUGGAAGAAAAUUUGGAAUGGGAAUGCGACGUUCGUGUAGCAGUUCAACGUGCUGCCGCAGAAACCGCUUCCGUUGCUGCUGUGGCGCUUCGCGCGAAUGUUGAGGAAAAGGAGAAAAUUUACCGAGAACUUCUUGAAUAUCGUGAAAGAGUCGCUAGGCUAACUCUGGAACUAAGUCAUUCCACUUCCGCAUUGGAAUCCGCAAAAGCCGAAGUACUUCAGCUGGAGAAUUCUAGCCGCACUGAGCGAGUGCCGCGCGAAGAGCUUCAUGCGUUAACUUCAGAACUAAAGGAGGCACUUCAACGAGUGUUUCAGUUGGAAGAGUCACUAGAAGAAAAAUCGACACAGUUAAACGUCUCCUACCAGAAACUGGAAGCGGCUCAAGCUAGGAUUCGCGCUCUGGAACAAAGUGAAGUAGCUGUCUUAAAUCAAGCAGAAUCUUUCGAGUGCACUAUUAAAGACCUAUCAGCUAAAAAUGUGAGCCUCAAUGAAAUAGUUGCCCAAUUCCAGUCUGAUCUUCAGUCAAAGGAAGCUGAGCUGAUUAACCUUCGCUCGAUGACGCAAAAUAUCGCUCUACUUGAAUCCCGUUUACAAGAUGUAGGUGGUGAAACAGCCCAAAUGUCUCGUAUCAUCGAUGAAAAAACGGAGGAAAUCGCGCGCUUAGAAGGAGAACUGGCUCGACACGAGCGGCAACGGGAGCUGGACGAAAUCCGGAUUUCUCUCCAAUCUAUGCAAAGUGUCAACGAUGACUUGGUCGCGAAGCUGAGCGACAAAGAAAACCUUAAUGUCGAUUUGCGUAAAAAUCUGGAGAACAGCACCCAAAGAUUUGACUUGUUGCAUUCAAAACUGGAAUCAGUUCAGUCGGAGAAAUCGUCUCUAGCAGAGCGCGUUCGUUUGUUGGAAUCACAAUUGGAAUGCCAAGAACAAGAAAUUGGAGACCUCCGGCAGGGACUCAGUGAGGUACACAAUGAGCGUGGAUUAUCAACUCAACUAAAACAACGUCUCAAUUCAUUGCAAGCUCAAUACGACGACGCCGUCAGUCAGUGCCAGCAACUAGCAACCAGCAACCUCGUGAACGCCGAUCAGGCGAUCCGAAAGUUUAUUUUCAACAAUAUUCGGCCUAAGCGGCCUUAG